AACGGGGAGCGCGAGCACGUUUGCGCUAUCUGUCACAGGACAUGCGGCGUCAGGACAGAUAAAUAUUUGUUGCUGCUUGUAGGCAACAACUUGGUCCAAAUACUGAGGACGCGCUGAAUUCGGUUUGCCAGCCCCGUUCUUUUAAAGUCAUUUCGUUAAAAUCCUGAAUUUAUUUUUGUGCAAUUAAACGGAAGGAUUAUAUUGCAAGGAAGAUUACGGGGUGGAGGCUGUAUAUUCUGCUGAAGGAGUAUCUUCUUGUGGGAUGGGAAUGAUCCAAGGCUCAGAGGCCCUGCAAAUGAGUGACAUGAACCUUCUCAAUGCCUGAGUGACCUCACAGAGGGAGUGAUUUCUCAUUCAAAAUGAUGAUGCAUAAGCAAUCGGCCCGCACCUCCCCGGGCAGUGUGUGUUCUCUCCGUGGAGGGCCUGUUCCUGGAUCCCCAGCGGUCACUAUAGUGGCCAAAAUGGACAAUCAGGUUAUUGGUUAUAAGGAUCUAGCAGCUAUUCCUAAAGACAAAGCUAUUCUAGACAUUGAGAGGCCUGACCUGAUGAUUUAUGAACCACACUUCAGCUAUUCACCAAUGGAUCGCUCAGAGAGGUCAUUGUCUCCUAUCUCACCCCCUCCAUCUCCAGAGAACAGUCUGUCAAAGGAUGCACGGGAUUGGUCAGAGCUCAAGUCCUCAGGUAGCUCGUCUCCAGCCUCCGUGCAGCUGAGUAAAAGCAUCACCAUCAGCACAAAAGUCCCACACCAGCAACAGCACUUCCACAGACCAGGCAAUGAAACCAACAUAUACAAGAAGCCACCAAUAUACAAACAAGAUGUGUCAGCAGCAGUUCCACACAGUAAACACAUGGAGGAUUUGAUCAUUGAGUCGUCCAAGUUUCCCGCUGCUCAGCCUCCAGACCCAAACCAACCCUCAAAGAUAGAGACAGACUACUGGCCCUGCCCACCUUCACUAGCUGUUAUAGAGACUGAGCGAAGGAAGAAUACACGAUCUAAAAUGGCUGAGGGAGAGGAGGGUGAGGAAGACGACACAUAUGAUGACAGUGAUCUGUCUGAUGAUAUGUGGAGAAUCCGACAAAUGCAGAAACAAGAACUCAACAAGAUUCAGUCUAAUCUAGGAAAACUGAUACUAAAGGAGGAGAUUGAGGGAUCAGCCCCCGUCCGCAGGAAAACACGGUCACUGCUCGACAGGACACCCAUGCAUCUGAGGUCCAAAUCCCCCUCAUUUCCUUCCUACACUAAGACUGGCUUUACAAGGCUCCAGUCUGCAGAGUUUUCCUCUUCGAACAGUGAUAAAGGGAGUCAAAAUUUUCAGGUAAGUAAUACUUUACAUUACAAUUACAUUACAAUUUAUGUUCUAAGUAGAUGCUUUCUUACCAAAGGGAUUUACAUAACAAUGCUUUAAUCACUGGCAAGCACCUGAACAUGGACCAUAUAAUAUAAAGGACUAUAUAGCAGAUAUAGCAACAUCAAUGCUAGGUCUAUUUGGAAACUUAAAAACUUAAAGGGAUAGUUCACCCAAAAAUUGU